UGAGAAAAAGAAAAAACAAACAAACCCAAUUGAGUCUUUUCCACUUAUUAAAUUGUUUGAAGAUUCAAUUUUUUAUUUUCCACUUUUGUAAUGCUGAAAACAGACAGAACAGAGACAGUUAUUAAGACAGGGAACAAACAGGGCCCAAAAGUAUAAUCAUUCUUGAUGUUAUUGUUAAUGUCCUAAUUUCCUGAAGACAAAAUCUAAAUAAAAAAAGGCCCAUGACUUUGAGCCCUUACAAUUUGGCAAUGUUCCUCCUAGCACACACGAAAGCCUCCUUCCAAAAACAAAAGUAAAACAAACAACAGACGAAGUCAUCGAUCACCAACAAAAAGAAAAAAAAAUUCCAAACAUACAGGAUACAUGCUAGUAGAAAAGCGAAACCCUAUUCCCAACUCUGAUGGAAAGGUGUGUUGGGAACUAGAGUUUUAGGUUUUGGGACUAUGGAGAAGGUGCUUAUAUGAUCCGGGUUUUGCUUAAAGUUCCAGAUUUCGCAAAGUUAAGCAACUCUGCAAGAUAGAGAACGAUGUUGUCUAAUCAAAAUUAUACUCGAAUAAAUACUUUGGAGCUUAAAGCUUUGCUUGUUAAAAAGAUUGGGCAUGAAAGAGCAGAUAAGUACUUUGAUCAGCUGACAAGGUUGUUUACUCUUAAAGUAGCCAAGUGUGAAUUUGAUAAGCUUUGUGUUAGAAUUAUUGGUCGGGAAAAUGUCCCUCUUCACAAUCGCCUCAUUAGAUCCAUUGUCAAGAAUGCCUGCCUUGCAAAUGUUCCCCCACCAAAGGGUAUUAAAAGAGUGGGAAGUAGUCUUAAUGUCAGAACUGCUAAUGGGUAUCAGAGAAAUUGUCUACAGUCACUUUAUGGCGAUGCCUUUCCUCCUUCCCCUAGGAAGGGCAGGUCUCCUGUUAAUCGAGAUCGCAAGUUUAGGGAUCGGCCAAGUCCUUUGGGGCCACUUGGGAAGCCUCAAAGUAUGGUGUGUGAAGAAUUGAAUUCCAGGGCUCAAGAGCAACAAAGUGCUACAGAAUUGCUUUCACUUGGCAGCAGACCUCCAGCUGAAGUUGCUUCUGUGGAAGAAGGGGAAGAGGUUGAGCAGGCGGCAGGGAGCCCAUGUGUUCAAAGUAGAAGCCCAGUUACUGCUCCUCUUGGUGUUUCCAUGAAUUUAGGUGGAGCUCGUAAGGCUAUUUCAAAUGUUUCUAUAUGUAGUAGUCACCUUAGAGAGACCUGUCUGAGUAGUGGCAUGCUGCCUGACACAAGAUCAUUAAGAAGCCGUUUGGAGCGGAAGUUGGAGAUGGAGGAUCUUAGUGUGUCAGUGGACUGUGUUAAUUUGUUGAACAAUGCACUGGACUCUUAUUUGAAGAAGCUGAUUGAGCCAUGUAUGGGCUUAGCUAGCUCAAGAUGUGGACGUGAUCAUCUAAGAAAGGAUAGCGAUCAGUUUGCACCUGGUUCCAAUGAGAUUUUACCUGGGAGAUACAUGCAAAGACCAACUGAAUCCGUUUAUGCAUCCAUGUUGGAUUUUCACGCUGCAAUGCAGGUGAAUCCCCAAAUACUUGGAGGUGAUUGGGCCACUUCACUUGAGAAAAUUUCAUUGGGUGCUUUUGAAGAGUGAUAAAUAUCUUUCUAGAAAUUGCUCGGAAUUCAGCAAUUGAUGAGAGAGCUUAUCAGUUUGUCCCCUGAUUAAUUUGAUGAUUCAGGUUUUUGAAUAUCAUUUACUCCAAUUUUGCCCUCCAGUUCUUAUAGAGCAUUUCAAGGACUGCCAAAGGGAAUAAGUUGUAGAAGCUGCAUAGAUUUUAGAUAAGAUUACAAGGUUGCCUUCAAAUGUCAGCAGAUGAUUGAUUGUUGAAGGGACACAUGUUUAUACAGUAAUAUGUAAAAUUAGGUAAAGGUUAGAGCUCACUAUUUUUAGAAGAUUACACCAUUCUUCCGUUAGGAUCCUUUUUUUCUUUUUCUUCUUUAUCUGGAAUGUACCGAGUAUAAAUGAAAUAAAACACCUUUGAUUUUAGAAUGAUGGUUA